UCUCAGCCCCCUGCAUGUUUUCUUUAUUUUUUUUUUAAAGCCCUCACCCUUCUAGGCUCCUUGGCCCAAGCCCCUCUUUUCCGUUGCUUUUCUACCAUGAAGAUCAAAAUAGCAGCAUUUUUAGCUGCGAUUCUGGGAGUCCUCGGCGUCUUCCUUUUUCUAGUAGCCUUUGGGACAGAUUACUGGCUGCUGGUGACGGAAAAGUGUGGAGGAUUUGAAGUGAAGAACAACAGUCACUUCUUGAAAGAGGAUGGGAAGCAAGACUGGAAAGAAGGUGACCAAGAGAUCCUGACAUUUCACCAUGAAGGUUUCUUCUGGAGAUGCUGGUUCUUUGGUCAAGAUUACAAAGAGACUAUAUGGAACUUCUGGUUUACCAGCCAAGCCCAUCCUAAGCACUGUAUGAAUGCCUAUCUAUUUCCAAUGCCUAUUGUGCUUGGGCCUCAUCCUCACCCCUCCUAUGAUGCAACUGCAGUGUACAGGGGCUUCUGGACAGCACUGAUUGUACUGGCUAUCACUGCCAGCCUUGUAGGAGUGUUUUUGCUGGUGUGCGGUGUGCCCUUUGUCAACGCAAGAUUCUAUAAAGUUGGAGGCGGAUUCCUUAUUGCUGCUG